AUGAGCUUAUACAAUGCACAUGGUGGAUGUGCAACUAGUUAUUAUGAGAGCUACGUUGUAUAUACUCAUUAUACCUAUGCAUUGGAGGUUGAACAGGGAAAGACGUACCUGCUACGAAUCAUCAAUGCUGCACUCAAUGAUGAGCUAUUCUUUGCCAUUGCUGGUCACAACUUGACAGUAGUAGAAAUUGAUGCAGUCUACACCAAACCAUUCACAUCUCAAGCAAUACUAAUAGCACCAGGCCAGACCACGAAUGUUCUUGUUCAAGCCAACCAAGCGCCCGGAAGAUAUUUCAUGGCGGCUAGGCCAUUCAUGGACGCACCGGUUUCCAUUGACAACAAAACUGCCACUGGAAUACUGCAGUACAAAGGCAUCCCAAAUACUGUGCAGCCAGUUCUUCCCCAACUUCCGGCACUCAAUAACACAGCUUUCGCAUUGAGCUUCAAUGCCAAGCUAAGAAGUCUAAACACAGCACAGUUCCCGGCCAGUGUACCUCUUAAAGUUGAUCGACAUCUCUUUUACACGAUCGGAUUUCCCAGACCGCCUUUCAAUUACACUGGUGCACCACUCACUGCCAACCUUGGCACUAAACUAGGCACCCGGCUUAGCAAACUUGCCUUCAAUUCAACAGUUGAGUUGGUGCUACAAGACACCAAUCUUCUCACAGUGGAGUCUCAUCCCUUCCACCUUCAUGGUUACAAUUUCUUUGUUGUCGGGACCGGAGUUGGGAACUUCGACCCCAAAAAGGACCCGGAAAAGUAUAACUUGGUGGAUCCUCCCGAAAGAAACACAAUCGGAGUUCCUACCGGUGGUUGGGUUGCCUUAAGGUUCAGGGCUGAUAAUCCAGGUGUCUGGUUCAUGCACUGUCAUUUGGAGCUCCAUACCAGCUGGGGAUUGAAGACUGCAUUCGUGGUGGAAAAUGGGAAAGACUCAGAUCACUCUGUCUUGCCUCCACCUACAGACCUUCCACCUUGUUAG